AUCGUCGAGUCAUUCAUUUCACGUGUAUAUAAUCUAGUUAGCAAUAAGUUUAAAAAAUAAAGUCAACGAAAUGUAUGCGACGAAAAACGUGCGCCCACGUAGCAGCCUCUCGACAGACGACAAUCAUCGGAUCAAGGAAACACAUCGAAAGGCACAUAAAACGCCAAGCAACACAAUCCUUACACUAGUCGCCUUCUGUGUGUUCUUGUUGGUACUCUGCGGAUUCCUAUUAGGGGCCCUCGUCUAUGUGGGUAAAAACAUAGCUGAUGAACAUCAAAAGCAACACUCAAACAGCAGUCAAGCGAGCCUGGAAGGCAAUAUACGCACCAUAUAUGUGGAUCGUGAUCAAUUGUUGUCCACCAAGCCAAUAUUGAGCGUGUCUGCAGAUAAUCGCUCUUUCACUACACAAGUGCCUGCCACAAGUAAAUUCCGCAACGUCAUGGCCACCAUUUCACCUGCCAUAAAAGCCGCCAGCAAAGUAUUGCAAAAAUUGACAUACCGCCUACCCAAGGAACUGAAGCCGCUGAAAUAUGACCUACAUCUGCGUCCUGAUCUCAAUAAAAAGAACUACACAGGCAAAAUUAGCAUCCAUCUGCAGGUGCUGGAGCCAAUUGCCUAUAUACCCGUUCACUCUAAGCAUCAAAAUGUGAGCACUAUUGAUCUCCAGCAAUUGGACGAUUCGGGAGCACCACUGAAAACAAUAGUACCAUCUCUGACAUUCGCAUAUCCAGACUAUGAGUACUGGGUAACCGAAUUCGAGCAACCUCUGGCUGUGGGCAACUAUAGUCUGAAUUUGAAUUUCAAUGGUUCUCUGACGGAUCGCAUUACCGGCUCCUAUCAAAGCUCUUACUGGGACAAGCUGCACAAUCGCACCAGACAACUGGUUACCACUAAAUUCGAGCCCACAUAUUCCCGUUCCGCCUACCCAUGUUUCGAUGAGCCGUCGAUGAAGGCUCAAUUCACCAUCACCGUGGCCAGGCCAAGUGGAACUGUAUUCAAUGUUAUAUCCAAUAUGCCUGUUGCUAGCGAGUACAUCGAAGGUGAUCUGACUGAGGUGAACUUCCAAGAGACUCUUCCCAUGAGUACCUAUUUGGUGGCAUUUGUUGUAUCAGACUUUGACUACACGAACACCACCGUUGAAGGUACUUCUAUUGAAGUGCGUGUCUAUGCUCCACCUGCCCAAGUUGAGAAGACUCAAUAUGCUCUGGAAACGGGUGCUGGUAUCCUUGCCCACUACAUUGAUUACUUUGGUACUUCUUACCCACUGCCAAAAUUGGAUAUGGUGGCCAUUCCCGACUUCGUCUCUGGUGCCAUGGAGAAUUGGGGUAUAGUGACAUUCAGGGAAACAGCUUUGCUCUGGGACGAGAAUACCAGUUCUAGUGUAAACAAGCAGCGUGUCGCUGUUGUAAUUGCCCACGAGUUGGCCCAUCAAUGGUUUGGAAACUUGGUUACCAUGAAAUGGUGGAAUGAUCUGUGGCUAAAUGAAGGAUUUGCCAGCUUCAUUGAAUACAAGGGAGUCCAUCACAUGCAUCCCGAAUGGGACAUGCACAACCAAUUCGUCAUUGAGGAGAUGCAUUCGGUGAUGGACUUGGAUGCAACUACAGCCUCGCAUCCAAUAGUCAAAGAUGUCAAUACACCUUCCGAAAUUACGGAAUACUUCGAUUCCAUUACCUACUCGAAGGGAGCAUGUGUGAUGAGAAUGUGUGAGAAUUUGGUGGGCGAAGAAAAACUUAAAAACGCCACUUCACGUUAUCUCAGCCGUCACAUGUACAACAGCGCCACCACCGAGGAUUAUUUCACUGCUAUUGAGGAGGAAGAUGGUUUGGACUUUGAUGUCAAACUUAUCAUGCAAACUUGGACUGAGCAAAUGGGUUACCCUGUGGUUGAAGUGACAAAGGAGGGCAACAACUACAAGUUGACCCAAAAACGAUUCCUGGCCAAUCAAGAUGAUUAUGAUGCUGAGGUGGAGGCAUCUUCCUUCAACUAUCGUUGGUCCAUCCCCAUCACGUACACAAGCAGUCUUAGUAGCACAGUACAGAGCACGAUUUUCAAUUAUAAUGACAAUGAGAUCACUAUUUCUUUUGUCGGUGCAACAAGUUGGAUUAAAUUUAACAAGGAUCAAGUGGGCUUUUAUCGAGUCAACUAUCCUGCUGAACAAUGGACUGCAUUGACAAAUGCAAUUAAGGCAUCGCGCGAAACUUUCAGCACUGCAGACCGUGCCCAUCUUCUGAACGACGCCAGCUCGUUGGCCGAUGCCGGACAGCUGAGUUUCUCCCUGGCACUUGAUCUGACCACGUACUUGGAGAGUGAGCAGGACUAUGUACCCUGGAGUGUGGGCACAACUUGGAUAACUGGAUUGAGAAACCGUCUCUAUUAUACCGAUUUAUUCAGCAAUUACACAACCUAUGCUCGCAAGCUUCUAACACCCAUUGCGGAACAGCUUACAUUCACUGUGGGCACAGCGCAUCUGGAGAAUCGGCUGCGUAUCAAGAUUCUUACUGCUGCCUGUGGGGUAGGACACGAGAGCUCCUUGCAACAAGCGGCUACGCUGUUUAACCAAUGGCUAGCCAGUCCAGCUACUCGUCCCAAUCCAGACAUUCGCGACGUUGUCUAUUACUAUGGCUUGCAGCAGGUAAAUACUGAAGCCGCAUGGGAUCAAGUCUAUCAGCUAUAUCAGGACGAAACCGAUGCUCAAGAGAAACUUAAGUUGAUGAAUGCCUUGGCCGCUGUCAAGGUGCCAUGGUUACUGCAGCGUUAUAUUAACUUGGCUUGGAAUGAGAAUAUUGUACGUCGUCAGGAUUACUUUACGCUGCUUGGAUACAUUUCAACCAACCCUGUGGGACAAAGUCUGGUUUGGGACUAUGUGCGGGAGAAGUGGGAGCAAUUAGUCGAUCGCUUCGGCAUUACCGAACGCACCUUGGGACGCAUUAUUCCAACAAUUACAGCGCGUUUCAACACACAAACUAAGCUCGAGGAAAUGCAACAUUUCUUUGAGAAGUAUCCAGAGGCUGGCGCAGGAACUGCGGCUCGGCAAGAAGCUCUGGAGAAGGUCAAAGCCAACAUUAAAUGGCUGGAACUGAAUAAGGCUCAGGUCGGCGAAUGGUUGGCCAACUAUGUUGCCGAAUCGAGCGUCACCAAUAGCAUCAAGUGAUUUUAUGUCACCUUGUAAAAUAAACAAACAAUGUGUAAAAUAUUACCAAUGGAUUCUAAAAUAGUCGUAGCUAGUAAAUGCAAACCAAAUGCAUUUCAAAUGUGAAUGAAAACUUGUGAAUACGUAAUGAACAAUA